GCGUGGCUGCAGGACGGCGUCGCGACGCUCAACGCUCUGGGCGGGCGCGGCGAGGCGUGGGGCCUCAAAGUGAUGCCAGGCGCCAUCCAGCGCCAGGCGGUGGCCAGCUUGGCCAGUGCCUACUACGUGCCGCCUCCGCCCGACGACCCCACCACCUCGGGAGCGUGGUCUGCGCUGCGGGGCUGCGGGUCUGGCUACGCCUGUGGAGGCGUCGUCGCGGGAGAGUUCGCUGCCUGCCAGCGUGGCAGGCUGGCCCUGCCGGCGGUCGGCAACCAGGCGAUCGACCUCGUCGGCUGCCGGCCCGACCACUACCAGAAGCUGCUUGGGGACUGUGGCCGCGCUAUUCGGCUACCAGCGGCGUAUACACAGGACGGCGCGGCGAUGGCGGACGAGCUGGGCAUCGCGAUGGAUCCCAUCCUGUCGAGGUCCCCGAGACAGUUCGCCGAGUUUUUGAACAGUGUUUAUGAAUCUGGGGUCGUCGAGCCGGCGACCGAGGUUCGCAAUGUUGUGGGAUUCUUCUUUGUUCGUAAGAAGGCCGGUUCGCUGCGGGUCAUCUUCGAACCUCGGAAGACCAGCGCGCAGUUCGCGCCGCCCGACGGCGUCGCCCUGGCCUCGCCCGAGGCCCUCGGCGAUAUGGAGCUGCCCGCUGGUCAAAGGUUGUGGGUCAGCGAGGGGGGCGUCGAGAACUGCUGCUACCAGUGCCUCCUGCCCGUCGACCUGCGCGCCGACUUCGCGCUGCCGGCGGCGCCGCGGCGGGCGCUGCCGCGCCGCAUGCGCGACCUGUUUCCUGGAGGCGCCGAGCUGGUGCACCCCCAGGUUCGCGCGGCACCGGUGGGCUGGGGCUGGGUCGUGGCGCUCGUGCAAACGGCGAACGCGGAGCUGCUGCGGUCGGGGCCGCUGGGCGCUCGGCGCUGGAUCUGCAAUCGCCGCUGCGCGCCCGCCGUCGCCGGGCGCGAGCCCGCCGCUCUCCUGCACAUCGACAACUUCGCCUCGUUGUGGGCCGAGAAGGAGGCAGUCCAGGUCGACGCGGGCCUCUUGGGCUUCCACGUCGACGGUGUGAAGGGCGCGAUCCACAUCGCGCCCGAGCGUUUCUGGCGGCUGGUCCUGCGUCUGGACCACGCCCCGACGCACCCACUUCUGACGGGGGCCGAGCUGGAGAGGCUGAUCGGGUACCUGACGUACGUCCUCUUGCUGCGGCGCGAGAUGCUCAGCCUGCUCAGCGCCUCUUAC